CCAGCAAUGGCGCCUUCUGAUACUUGACGGCCACGCCAGCCACCUCACGCCAGAUUUUUUGGAGUAUUGUGAAGCCAAACGCAUCAUGGUUAUAGUGUAUCCUCCCUAUUUAACCCACAGCUUGCAGCUGUUAGAUGUUGUGCUCUUUGCGCCGCUUUCAAAGCACUACACUGAGGAGCUUACCCAACGCCUCCAGCGAACCUAAGGCCUCUUGAGGAUCACUAAACGCGACUUCUAUAGCAACUUUUGGCCAGCUUGGAGCUCUACAAUGACUCACGAUCUUAUAUUGAAGAGUUUCCAAGCUACAGGCGUAUGGCUGAUGGACGCAGACCCAGUACUUCAACGCUUCAACAAUGGCCCACAACAACAAGAUGACGAGCUAGGAAUUGGGGAGCAAGGCGACGGCGAUACCUGGCCUCAAUUGCGCAAAAUUUUUGAUGCUGCAAACGCGGAGCUACGCGCUGAAAUUAACCUCAUUAAGAAGCGCCUGACCAAGUCUACAACACUAACUACACAAGAAGGCGACAAUUGGCACGGCGGUGCUGUAUUCUACAGUCCUAGGAAGCUUGCCAGCGCGCGCGCGCGCAAGGCCGCAGAACUGGACGAAGCCGCGGAGCUACAACUCAAAAAAACUCGCGAUAGAGAGGCAAGAGCAGCAGAAGCAGCUCACAAAAAGCAGAAUCAAGAAGCUGCGAAGGUGGCUUAACAACAAGCCAGAAUUAAGCGUGAUCGCGAGCAGAAACAGCGCGCUGAGGAACGCGCUGCAGAACAGGCGCUUAAAAAGCAACAACAACAAGCUGCAACCACUUAAAAAAGCCACAAUACAGCAAACAAGCGUAAGCAAAAAGCCUCACACAAAGCAGCAGAAAAUCUAGCAAAGCGUUGUUGUGGUGUGGCUGCAUUAAGUUAGGUUAACGCUGGUCCACCUGAGGCGUCUCCCCCACCUAAAUUUGGCAGAAACAGCUGCCAACUCAAGACGCCAGCGAGAUUAAAG